AUGAGGCGGGCCGGGCCCUGCUGCCUGCUCCUGGCCGCGGCCUGCGCCCUGGGGCGGCCUCAGCCGCCCGCCGCCGUGCGCUGCCAGGCGGCCGGCGCCUGCUUCAGCGCCCACCUCGCCAACGCCUCGUACGGCGAGGCCCGGAGCGCCUGCGGCCGCCGGCGGGGCCGCCUGGCCUGGGUGGCGGCGGGGCCCGCGCUCUUCUGGGUCGGGCUGAAGAGGAACGCGUCCGCCUGCACCGACGUGGGGCAGCCGCUCCGCGGCUUCUCCUGGGAGGACUCCACCGACGGGGCGGCCCCGCGGGAGGUGCCGGCGGCGCUCGGCCGGUGGGUGAAGGAGCCCGUGCGGAGCUGCGUCUCCGCCCGCUGCGCCGGGCUGCGCCUGGCGGCGGCCGCCACCGCCGACCCAGGCUGGGGAUGGCAGGAGCAGAACUGCCAGCGGCAGAGCCAGGGCUACGCCUGCAGGUACGAGGACGAGGGCGCCUGCCCCGACCUCCGCCCCACCACCGCCCUCGGCCUCGACUACCGCCUGCCCUUCGCCGAGCGCAGCGCCGCCCCCGGCUUCAGCCCGCCGGGCACCGUGCUCUCCGUGGCGUGCCCCGGUGGCGAGGUGCGGCUCUCCUGCCAGCUCGAGCCGGGCGGCUUCGCCUGGAAGGGCACGGACGAGCCUGUCUGCCCCUGCCCCUUCGGCUACCUGCGGCCCGGCACCGGGCAGUGCGCCCCGGCCGCCGAGUGCCGCGAUGCCAGCGGCGCCCUCGCCUGUGACUGCGCCCCGGGCGGGCGGGACGGGGCGCCCUGCGCGGCCCCGGGGGCGGCCCCCACAGCCGCGGGCGGCAGCCGCCUCUCCGCUCCGGGCCCCGGCGGCUCCCCGGGGCCCCCCGCCACGCCGCCCGCCGGCCGGGAGCAGCCGGCGGCCCCUCCGCCUUCCUCCACCUCGUCCACCUCCUCCUCCUCCUCCUCCAACUACGUCUUCAUCCUGGUGACGGUGGCGGUGGUGGUGCUGGUGAUCCUGGUCAUGACCGUCCUGGGGGUCUUCAAGCUGUGCUUCAACAAGAAGCCGGAGGCCGGCGGGGACAAGGAGCCGGCGGCGGGCGGCAGCAAGGCGGAGGCGGGCGCCGCGGAGACGCGAGAGGCAGCGGGCGGCGAGUACGGGCGGCAGGGACCGAGCCCUGCCCCGCUCUUACCCCGCUCCCUGUCGCUCCCUGUCGGUCUCUGCCACACGCCACCCGCGGGCCCGGCCUCCAAAAUCACCGCUCACCGGCAGCCGCAGCCGGCUGCGGGUUUCCCUUUUCCCCAAAAAACUUCCCCGGGGGCCUUGCUGCGAGCAGCUGAGAAGUGGACGCUUUGGACCACUCCGUGCCUUGAGAUUUAGCCGUCGUUCCUCGACCGGAGGCUCUCCUUUUCGUGCUCAUUGCUGGGACGUUUGGAGAUGUGAACCGCCGUAAUUUCGGAGGAAACUGUGACCCAUACUCUUUCAGACUGAUAUUCUUAUAAGCAAAGAGCAUUUCUAUAUCUUUAAGGUCACUAAGUUGCUAAAGAAGGGGGAGGUUAAUGGGGGUUCAGUUUUAUAUUUCAGCUGAUGGAAAGAAUAAAGGAUUAUUUAAAGCCUAAAUUGCUGCUCUUAUUGUAACUUCAUACAAUAUUCAUUUUUAUUGUAGCAGAACAACAAGUUUUCCAGUUACAAUUUUGUUCCUAGGGUGUGUUGGUACAAAACUUGGUUUCUGCUUGCAGCGUGGGGAUCCCUUGCAAUCAGACAAGGUGCCUGCACACUUCUCACGCUGUGAGAAGGGUUAACAUGGGUCCACAGCAUGCGAAUCCCAAGCUUUUGUGAAAUCUUGUUUUCCAUGGAGUCCCUUGAGA